GUGAAUGAGACGAGGAAAAUCAUGAGACCACAAGCGAUCAUAGUUUUCCUGACUUUCUUUGUAAUGAUCUCGACAUUCACUGAAGGAAAAAGUUGUGUAUGCAAUGGAAAGUCAAGAUGCCACUGUAAAGGAGUAAAAGGCAACAGGGGAGAGAAAGGUUUUCCAGGAGAUCCGGGUCUUCCAGGAUCAGAGGGGCACCCAGGAUCCUUGGGUCAACCUGGGCCAACAGGACCAAAGGGCAAUACUGGGUCUGAUGGACCGAUGGGAUCAAAAGGCGAUCCGGGACCAGACGGCAAGGAGGGAUUUGCUGGAUCUCAUGGCUUGCCAGGUGUUCCAGGUUUACAGGGGCCUCUAGGGCCCCCGGGUUAUCCAGGCUGCAAUGGAACAGAUGGAGACCCUGGACUUCCAGGUGUUGAAGGAGAUCCUGGUAUUGAUGGAAAUCCAGGACCUCCAGGUCAGCCUGGUCCUAAGGGUGACUCACAGACAACAGCUGACUCAGUGCCAGGGCCACAAGGACCACAGGGAAAAGAUGGAAGACCGGGUUCUCCGGGGUUACCAGGUGAGAUAGGACUACGUGGGGACAUUGGAGUAAGGGGCCCUCCUGGGUCUCCUGGUAAUACUGGAGCUCCUGGUACCAAGGGCCAGGAAGGAGCUCCAGGAACUCGAGGACCAAAGGGUUUCCAAGGCCCCCCUGGCCCGCCUGGGCCUCCAGGCAGGACUAAGGACUUUUUUACCGGCACCCUGUCAAUAACGGAUUUAAAAGGAGAUAGAGGCGAUGCAGGAGACAAAGGAUGCAAAGGCGAACCUGGAGAUCCUGGGAGCCUCUACCACACAAAAGGGCAAAAGGGAGACAGAGGAAACCCAGGCCCAGAAGGAAAGCCAGGAAAGGAUGGUGAACCUGGAAAUCCUGGGUUUAGGGGAAGACCAGGACGCAGAGGAGAGCCAGGACAUCCAGGCCCACUAGGAGGAAUGGGUGAAAAAGGAAACAGGGGUCCAUCUGGUCCACCUGGAGAUAUACUUUUGCUCGAACCACUCAAGGGACACAUUGGAGAUCCUGGCCCUCCAGGUCUCCCUGGGUUCCCUGGGAUCCGAGGUGUUUUAGGGUUUCCGGGGCCCCCUGGAACUCCAGGUUAUGCACUUGGGAUUUAUGUACCAGGUGAACGUGGGUUCGCAGGCCCAAAAGGGCACAAUGGAGACCCUGGGGAGCCUGGGGGGUUUUACACAGGGCCUCCAGGGCUAGAUGGUGAUCCUGGUGAUCCAGGGCCUCGGGGAAACCAAGGCAAACCUGGACGCUUUGUAAAUGGAACUGACUGUGUCAUUAAGGGUCUCCCUGGGAUCAAGGGAGUUAAAGGUUUACCAGGACCUACGGGGAAUAAUGGGUAUAUUGGAGAAACAGGAGAGAGAGGGGAGAUCUGUUAUGAGUGUCAAACAUCGGGACUUUCAGGACCAGCAGGUCUCCGAGGUCCACCUGGCCUUCCUGGCACUAAUCAAGGACGGGGUGAAAAGGGGGAUCCCGGCUUUCCAGGUCCUUCAGGUUUACCAGGACCUCCAGGGUCUGUUGGUCUACCAGGAUUCCCAGGCCAGCCGGGGCAAAAGGGAGAGCCAUCCGGUAAUGUCUCUCCAGGGCUGAAGGGGGAAAAAGGAGAACCAGGACUCCCUGGAGGACCCGGUCCAAAUGGUUCUCCUGGAUCUCCGGGUUUACCAGGAAGUAAAGGCACUCCAGGGCCUCCUGGAGAAUUGUGCGAACGCCUUGGAGUAGAAGGAGAUCCUGGGUUUCCUGGUCCACCAGGACCUCAAGGGAAAGAAGGACCCAUUGGCUACCCUGGACCAGCGGGUUAUGGACCUCCUGGUCUACCAGGGACCAAAGGACACACUGGUGUACCUGGUCUGCCAGGAGAACCUGGAAUUCCAGGCCAAAAAGGCGAAUCUGGUCAUUUUCAUACCCAAGGCCCACCAGGACCACAAGGAUUUCAAGGACCGCCUGGCUUUGAAGGAAGUCCAGGUGUUCAAGGACUACCGGGUGUCCCUGGAAAUCCAGGCAAAGCAGGACAAAAAGGAGAAAGAGGGGACUUGUUACUUAGUGGAAAGCCAGGACCCCCAGGGCAGAAAGGUGAUAAGGGGCUGCCUGGCCUUCCAGGUGCUCCAGGUUGGGGUUCACCUGGGCAGUUUGGUCCUCCAGGCCCUCCUGGUGCCCCCGGAGAAAAGGGUGACAGUGGCCACGGACACCCUGGUCGUCCGGGUCCUCCGGGACCACCUGGUGAAAAUGGAGCUCCAGGGCCUGCCGGCGAUCCUGGAAUCCCUGGUCUUCCAGGAAAUCCUGGAAUAAUUGGCAAACCCGGGCCUCCAGGAGAAAAAGGAAGAAAAGGUUCUCUUGGCCCUCCAGGGCUUCCUGGUACCAAAGAUUUAUGUAUCGGUUUGCCUGGACCAAUAGGACGUCCAGGACCGGAUGGACAUACAGGAGAUACAGGAGCUAAUGGCUCGCCUGGAGAGAAAGGUAAUGCGGGUUUACCUGGAUUUGGUUCUCCUGGCCUUCAAGGUGGUCCUGGAACCUCUGGAUUGUCAGUUCCGGGUCCACAUGGGCCUCCAGGGCAGAAAGGAUCUCGGGGUCGAGAUGGCUGGCCUGGUCAAAGAGGACAAAUAGGAGACCCUGGACCUGAUGGUAUAUCUGGACGUGGACCAGACGGAAAACCAGGGAAUACAGGACAACCUGGACCAAGAGGGGACCCAGGCCCAGACGGAGCAAGAGGUCGUCAAGGACCCCAAGGCAUGGUGGGGGACCCAGGUGUUAGAGGCCCUCCAGGACUUCCUUGUCCAACACGCUUCUACAAUGGGCCUCCGGGAAACCCCGGAGAACCAGGAAAUCCUGGAUUACUUGGUCUCACUGGCGAUCCUGGAAGACCUGGACCAAAGGGGCAGAGAGGAAGAGCUGGACCACCAGGGGAUCUGGGGCAAAGAGGUCCUCCUGGAGAACCUGGCGUUGAUGGCCAAGCGGGAUCCGAAGUUAGGCGAGGACCAGAUGGAGCCCCGGGAGAUUCUGGUCAUAAGGGUCAUCCUGGGCUCAAAGGAGUGAAGGGAGAUCCUGGAAUUCCUGGAAGGCCGGGACCAGAUGGUGUUCCAGGUCCAACAGGCAGCAAAGGAGCUGCUGGAGAACCAAGCUAUGUGUACGGACCACCUGGACCACCUGGACAAAAGGGUGAACCAGGGUCCAGCAGUGAUGUCAUGCUCAGGGGACAGAAAGGGGAACCUGGGAUUGCAGGUCAAGUAGGUGCUCCAGGAAGCCCUGGAGCCAAGGGGAACACAGGACCUGAUGGAAAAAAUGGUUCCCCAGGAUUUCCGGGUCUAAUUGGUUCUGAUGGUCCUCCCGGAAUAAAAGGACACAUGGGACCUAUUGGACUACCAGGCGUUCCAGGCCCACCAGGCCAUACUGGGCAACGUGGUAUAAAAGGAAGCCAGGGACUUGAUGGUAUUCCUGGGCCGCCGGGUCAAAAAGGGGACACUGUUAUAAUAGGAGGAGCACAAGGAAGACCUGGAGAUCCAGGCCCACCAGGUCCUCCUGGGGAUAUCGGUCCGCCUGGUUUGCUCGGCAGAGGGAGUCCGGGACCAGAAGGGGACAGGGGAACUCCAGGUCUACCUGGACUUCAUGGUGAAUCAGGACUACCAGGAAGAGAAGGGACUUGUAUUCCAGGACCUAAAGGUGAUCGUGGAUUCCCUGGCAACCCAGGAAACCAAGGCUACCCUGGUCCACCAGGCCCUCAAGGUCUCAGAGUAUCAGGGUCAAAAGGAGACAGAGGAGAGCCAGGGUUCCCAGGAAGCCCAGGUUUUGGUGGGCCCCCAGGAAACCCAGGCCCUCAAGGACCAUAUGGUCCACCAGGUGUAAAUGGAUUCCCAGGACUAAGAGGAGACCCGGGUCCCUCAGGGAGACAUGGCCCCCUUGGUGACAGAGGAGAUCCUGGAUACAGCCCAGGUCCAUGUGGUCCACGUGGGCACAAAGGUUUCCCUGGACACCCGGGUCGCAAAGGUGAACCGGCCUAUGUUGACAGGAUACACGAACCAGGACCUCCUGGAUUACCUGGUCCUAAAGGCAAUCCAGGACUUCCAGGAGCGAUUGGGCCACCAGGAUCACAAGGACCGCCAGGACCACCUGGCGUCAGAGGACCACAUGGAGUGAGCUCUCCUGGUCCUCCUGGAUUCACUGGCCACACAGGAGACAAGGGAAAAGCAGGAUUGCCAGGUCAAGUAGGCGGACCAGGAAUUCCCGGCCGAAAAGGACUGAGAGGUUUGCCUGGGAGAGCAGCUACACAUUACACAGAUGGCUUUCUGAUUGCCAGGCACAGUCAGAGCAUUAAGGUCCCCGACUGCCCUAAUGGCACCAGUCUCAUCUACUCUGGUUAUUCCCUCCUCUUCGUCAAUGGAAACGAGAGAGCUCAUGGCCAGGACCUUGGCACCAUUGGAAGCUGCCUCCCUCAUUUCUCCACCAUGCCCUUCCUGUUCUGCGACACAGAAAGCACCUGCCGCUAUGCUUCUCGUAAUGACUACUCCUACUGGCUGUCCACUGAUAAGCUCAUGCCCGCCAACAUGGUUGCCGUCACAGCUGAUAAAGUUGCCCCCUACAUCAGCAGGUGCUCAGUUUGUGAAACAGCCUCCAAAAUCAUAGCUUUCCAUAGCCAGAACACUCUGAUUCCUGAAUGUCCCAGAGGUUGGGAGACCCUGUGGACUGGUUACUCGUUUAUAAUGCAAACCGGAGCGGGAGCAGAAGGCUCCUCCCAACCCCUGAUGUCUCCCGGGUCAUGCAUGGAAAAUUUCCGCCGAGUGCCUUUUAUUGAGUGUCACGGCAGAGGCACUUGUAAUUACUACCCUGAUUCCUACAGCUACUGGCUAGCCUCCCUUGACAGAAACAACAUGUUCAGUAAACCGGUUCCCCAGACUGUGAAAGGAUUUUCUCUGCAGAGAGUCAUCAGUCGUUGUCGGGUCUGCAGAAAAUCCUGAAACUGUGGCACUGGUGCAAACUGGAGAAGAUGUUUAAAUUCACAAUUUGUGAAAUAGAUGGAAUAAUUUUAAUAACAUGUAUUGGUUGUACUUUUAAAUAUUUGUUCAUUUUACAUUUGUAUUACCAUCAUCUUUGGUGAUCAUUCUGUAUAUUCUGGAAAUGCACUAAAUCUUAUAAUUCUGUGCUUCAGCACAAUGGGGACGUUACUACAGAGUUGGGUUUAUAAUACUCUUUUUUUUUUUUUACUUUAGUUUUCAUUUUCCUUUUCUUUAUAUAAUUUUCAUAAUAGGUGUUACAGACAGACCGGACAUUUUUUUGUCAAAACAAACCCGAACUUUGACAACUUUUGGCAUAUAAACCCACUACACAGCCCAUGUUGUAAUUUUCACAAUAUGUUAAUUAAUUUUAUCAUGUUUUUUUUUUCCUUCCAAUAACACUUUCACAACACUGACUAAAAUUUAUACUAAUAAAAACAUCCUUCCUUA